AUGUAUGUUCCACCAGCAUUACGAAAAAAGUAUUUAAAAAAUCAGGAUUAUAUUGGAAAAAUUGGUAUACAAAUAAUUGAACAAAUUGUAAAAAAAAAUGAUAUCAAUGAGAUCAAUACUAUUGUUCCAAUUAUUUUAAAAGUAAUUACAUCAGUAAUGAAAUCACAACUUUUGAAUAUGGUUUGAAGGUACUAUAAUAAACUGUAAUUCUUUAACUUUUCAGAUAAAAGAAGAAGGCAAACUCCAUGAUUAUCAAAGUUUAAUUUUUGUGUUGGCUGUUUGUACCAGAUUUAAUUUGGAACAAUGUGAAAAGAUGGUAUCUGAUGCUUAUGCAGCAGUAUCAUUAAUCUGUACUAAUGGAUUAAAGUUAUUAAUGUUUGUUAAAUUCUGUGAAAUAGUUUCUGGUAGGUUUAAUAAUCAGAGUGCUUGGAAAUAACAUAUAUCUAAUCUAACAUAGGAGAUGUGACUAUUGUAAAAAAAAAAAUAUGUGUAUUUUAAGUAAAGUUAAAUUUUAAUAGGCAAAUUUUCAUAAUUCAAUAUUUUAUUUCUUGUUCUAUAAAUCUCAAAAUUUAGUACAAUUUCUAGUAAUAUUAUUAUUAUUUAUUUCUUUGAAAAGAUAAUAGACCUCACUUAACAGGUUUGUGUGGAGGCCCAUGAGUUCACAAUUUAUAAUAAGGAAAAUAUUAAACCAAAUAAUAAUGUAUUUAUGUAUUUUAAUGUAAUUUUUUUUUUUUUAGAAAAUAUGUGUAAAAUACCAUUGAGAUUUGAUGAUAGAUUUAAAAAUACUGUGAAGAGUUGGUAUUUAAAUAGGUCUCCAAUAGACACUAUACAUACUAUAGUUUAUCAUAAACAUUAUUAUGGCUGGACACAUAAGGAAAUAAUGAAAAAAAUUGAUUUGAAAUCUGAUAAUAUAAGUAUUGAAACAAAAAUAAUUUAUAAGUAACUAAAUUAUCAAUUAUAGUACUUUUUAAUUUACAGAUCAACAAUUAUUCAUUGUUUAUAUAAUAUUUGGCAUGAAAAAAGUUGAAGAACAAUUCUCAUAUAAAUUCAAUAAUGCUCCAAUUAUAAAUACAUUUGAUGAUGCCAUUGAGUAUAAUGAAUUUAAAUCCAUCUACAUAUUUUUAAAGCAAUUAAAAGAAAUAAAAAGCAUUAGUAAACCACAAUUGAUAAAAGGAAUUGAAUUAUUUAGGUGGAGAAUUGAACUUAUACCUGAAUGGAUAUUGUACAAUAAAGAAGUAAGUUACAUUUUUUUUGUAAACCAAUUUAUUAUUUUAAUUUUAAAUUCAUAUACAUUCUAGAUUUUAAUUGUUCUUCUUAAAAAUAUGCCACUGAAAAUGGUAUUGGACCACACAUUUCCUUUUUCAAAAGCCAGAUUAUUUCAAAACAAUACUCUUUAUAAUGGGGUUGAUGCUUAUAUUUUAAGGUUUAAUGAUACAUUAGAACUAAAUCAAUCAGGAAUACACCCUAUAGAACCUUUUAUAGAAUAUGCCAGAUAUUCAAGAACAUUAUUGUGAGUAAAGUGCAGUUUAAUAUACCUGUAGUGUACUGUAGUGAUUAAUUUAUAAAUUUGUUUAUUAAAUAUUGAAAUUUAUAAAACAUAUACUUUUAUGUAUACUUAUUAUAUAAUUUAAGGAAUAUUAAAAAAAUGCAAAAAGGAGAAAAAACUAUAUUCAACAAACCGCUUGAUAUUAAAAAAAAAAUAUUCAUACAAAUGAACAAAGAAAAAAAAUAUAUAAAAAAUAAUUUUAAAUGCUAUAUAAAUUCUGGAGAAAAUUGUAUAAAAUUUAAGGAAAAAAAAAAUAAUGCUCCUACAGCUGUUAAUUUAAAAUUAUUUCCAGCUCCAAAAUUGGUUAAAGAAUUGAUAACCUUUUUGUCUGAAAAUCUAGUUGAUAGCACUUUAAAGGUAUUUAUUAAUGAAUUUAAUUUCAAUAGUCAUUAUAAAAAAAAUAUUAUUCAUAGAUAUUUAUUAGAAUAUAUAUGUGUAUAUUUUUUUUUCCUUAGACUUUGAAACCCUUUAAUGCUAGUAUAAUUAUAGCAUUUGAUUGUAGUGUUUAUAUGAAGUUAAAACAAUGCGAAUAUUCUAAUUUAAUAACAGUUCAUGAAGCAAUAACAUUAAUAAUAUUGUCUUUAAUUUACCCUAAUGGACAUAAUAAACCAACUUUACGUGGUUUAAAUGAAAAAAAUCUUCAGUGCAUUAAUAACAUGAAAAUUGAUUAUUCAAAACCUUUGACAUUUGCUAAUGUGGAAUCUGCUCUGUUUAAGGUAAUUUUAAUCAAUAGAUAUUAUGUGUACACAUUUAUUGACUAUUUAGUAUUUUCUAAUAUAAAAUAUGUUUAGCCUUUGCCAAGUUAUGAGGAAGAUCUUCCAAAUGAUUUUAACUGUCGUGUAAUAAAUCCUUUAACAACUUUUCAAUGGGCUCAAGUCAAUAAAAAAAAAUAUGAUUUUUUUAUUUUUUUGGGAACUACUUCAAUGAAAUUUGAUGAUAUAAACAAUACAAUUAAAGAAUAUAAAAAUAAUAUGAAUAUGGUUCCCAAGUAUGUACUUUUUAAUUUUCUAUUACAAUUAUGUAUGUUUAAUUGAUAAGUUUUAUUAAAUUGAAAAUAACUUUUAAAAACAAAUUUAUUGUCUAAAAAAUAGGCUAAAACUAACUCAAGGAAUCUUAAAUUCUUAUUUAUAAAUAAUAUAUAAUAUUUAUUUAUAAAUAGUUUUAUAAAAUGUAUGAUUGAUUUAAAUACCUAUAUUACAUAAUAAAAUAAUAAAGUAAAAACAAAAUUAUUAAAAGGAUGAAUACUUGUAAAUAAAGUAGAUAAAUUUAUAAAAAUAAAAAAUAAAUUAAUGGAAUGCAUUACCUGGAGUAUUAUAAGUGUAUUAUACAACUGGUUUCAAAUUAAAAAUUCAUCAUCAUGGUAUUAUUUUUUAAAUAUGUUUGUACAUUCAAAAUAUUAUUAAAAUUAUUUUUCGUUAUUUCAUUUUAUAAAUGUAAUUCAGUUGUAAUUACUAAAUUAAUAUAUAUAUUAUUUCGGGUACUUAAUAUCUCUAUAUAUAUUAUGGUUAGUUUCAAAAAAUGCUUAGCAAAAUUUGAAAAUUAAACAAAUUUAUAAACGUAUUAAAGACAAAAUAAUAUAUAAUUUACCGAAUAAUUUUUUUAACUAUUGUAGUGUGAAAUAUCAAAUUAUAUGUCUAAUAAAUUUGCUAAAACAAUUGCUGAACAAUAAUACAGAUAAUGUAAAAAUCACUUUUUAAAUUAAUAUUAAUUUAAUCAAACAUAUAAACAAUAGACCUAAAAAUGUCACAAAAAAUUCCCCUUUUUAUUGUAAAUGCUGGUAUAUAUAAACUUAAAUAAAACUGUAAUACAUUUUAUAUAGGUAUGAAGAUAAAUAGAAAUUUUAAAAUAAGUUAUAAAGAACACAUUUCUGAAGGUUCAUUUCCGGUCCCCUCUUUUGGAAUUUCAAAUUUAAACCAAUGCUAAUUGUAUCACAUGUUCUGUUGUUUGUACCUCAACACUUUUAUUAUUUCAUACCUUUAUUCCAAAAACAGGGGGCUAACAUUCCCCAGUCCCUUUUUUUAAAAAUAGUGUUAAUAAGAUGAGCCUUGAAGUACAAACUUGCUGUACAAUCAGGUAUAAAAAAGAUACAAACCAAUGACACAGGUUUUAAUUUGAAGUUCCAAAAAAGGGGGGGUCAGGGGGAAAUGGGCUUCAUUUCUGAAAUAAAAUUAAAAAAGACAGCCCCUUAUUCAAAUUUCGCUAGACAUGGUUUAGAAAAUAACUAUAAUAUAAGCUUUGAUGUUAAUACAGACAGAGAUAUUAAAUACCUAAAAUAAAAUUUACAUUGUUUACAUAUAUAUAUAUGUUAUUAUAAUUAUAUAUAUAUAUAUAAUGAAAUAAUGAAAAUAAAUAUCUUAUAUCAACACAUUUUAAAAAAUGAAUAUAAUAACCAAAUAAUAUAAUUUAUAUUUCUUAUAUUUAUGUCUAAUAAUAACCCAUUUCAAAUAAUCUUUUCUAUUAAAAUAAAUUAUUUGUAUGUUAAACAACCAAUUUGUAUAAUUUUUUUUCUAUUUAUUCCUACUCUUAAUUAUGAAAUUCAGUUGUGUUUUACAAAAAAACUAAUACUGCUGUUGGGUAUGAUAUUGUUUAAUGAAGUUGUGAAGAUAGGAUACAUAGAAUUAUUUAAUCUAAAUCUGUACACAACAAUAAUUAUUGCUAAAAGAAAAAUAUUUUGUGUGAAGUUAUAUUAAACAUAUUAAAAUGCCAUGAUUUUUAAUUUUUACAUCUAAUAGUGAAUUUUGUGUACAAUUUUUAAAUAUUUCUGCUCUGUUCUGUCAAAAUAAUUUCAUUCCAAUAAAUACAAGUAAAAACUAAAUAAACUUGAAAUUAAAAAUAGUUAUUAAUUGAUAAAUAAUUGCUUAAUAAUUGAUAAAGAAUAUUUUUAACACUUAACAUUAGAAAUAGCUAUAUAAUAAAUAUAUUCUGUUAAGAUUGCUGGUUUUUACUAUUAUUUUAACUAAAAAUAAAAUUGGAAACAAUGUAACAGUUAUAGCUCAACAUUUUUCAGUUUUUCCUAAGUCAAUUCCAAUUUUUGGAAAAUUGCAAGGAAAUUAAAAUAUUUCCUCAUCAACAAAUUAAAAUUGGCUUUUAGAAAAUAUGUUAUACUGGAAAAUCUAAGCUAGGUAUUUGAUAGAAUAGUUAUUUACAGAUAAAUAAAAUUUACAUUAUAGUAAAACCAAUGUUUUCCUGGGGUGUUCAGAAUCCAAAAAUUUGAAAUUAAAUUUACUUUGGAUGUCUGUUAUAGUUUUUUUUCGUGGUUGGGUGAUUAUGAAAUAAUUGUAAAUAAUUUUGUCUUCCUCCUUUUGCUAUAGUCACUUUGGGAGGUAGCAGCUACAAAUAAUAUUUUAGGUAAAAUAUUGUUAAUAAAAUCAUUAAGCAAUUUUGAACUUACUAAAAAAGAUAUAAAAUCUUUAUAGAUAAUUGCUAGAUCACAAUAAAAAAACUCCUUAUUUGCCAUUAUAUUAAUUUUGAAUUGAAAAAAACCAGUUGGAUUCUUAUCAAUGGAUAUAACAAAUAAUCAUCUUUAUAAUAAAUUAGAUCAAUUUUUAUGUGAACACUAAACAUCAAACAUGAGUUAAUGAAGACGAUUAAUAAAUGAUAAUUUAUUGAUAAAAAUGUAUUUUUUUUAUAAUAAAUGAGAAUACUUGAACAAAUUCAAAACAAUCUUAAGAAUAAAAUUAAAAGUGGAUUAAACUUAAAAAAUCUAAUAAAAUUCAAAAAAUAGUACAUUUUGAGGAGAAAAACACCCUAAAAAAGAACCAAUAGAGGCAGAGAUUAAUGAAACUAUUAAUUUUGAAAAAUAUAUAAAGAUGAGGCAAAGUUAAAUGAUGAAAUAAAAAAACAAAAAAAGUUUGAAUCUAUUGCCAAAGGAUUAAAAAAAUGUUGAACAAGCUGUUAGAAAAACAGAUGAUGAUAUUGAAUCAUUUUUAGUUUCUGUGAAACCAUUAACUCAAACAUCAGAUUUUAUUACCAUGCAAUGAAAGAUGAUUAGAGAUAGAGACUUAGAAACAAAGGAUUAAAAUUAAUUUAUUAAUAACAAAGUAGGUAUUGUAGCAGUUUAAUAUUUACCUAAAUUAUUAGAUGUUAAAUUUGGGAUGUUCCAUAAUUAUGGAACAAAUAUGCAUAUGAUAUGUAAAAAUGAGAUUCAUAUUAAAGAUACCGAUAUUAUUUCAAAUGAACCUAUAAAGGAACACAAGGAUUAUGGAGAUUAUGAACAUAUAAUAAAAAUAUAGAUAAAACAUUAUAUUCUGAUGAUGAUUAAGAAUUAUGAAAAAAUUGAAACAGAUUCAUUAUAUCAGAAUAAUAAUAAAAACACAAAAAAAAUAAAUAAAUACAUGAAUCUGAUCCAUCCUAUGUGGAAUAAAAUCAGUGAAAAUAACAAAUCACAAACUGUACAAGGAUCUGGUUUAAUAAAUUAUACAAAAAACCCAAUAAAAUAACAUUGAUAACUUAAAGGAAUUGUUAAAAAGAUUAUAUUUUAUGGCUGCAGAAGAAGGAGCAGGGAAUAAUAAUUUUCACUAUGAAAAAUGAAGUAUUAUACAUUUUGUAACUAAAGAAAUAGAAAAAUUAUUUGUAUAUUUAUUUUUAUAAUUAUUUGUAAAUUAUUUGGUAUAAAAUAUCUAGUUUCUUUUAUUGCAAGUUUACCAAAGAAUGUGAUCAGUGGAUCUGGACUUGUUAAUAAUUUAUAUCUGGAAUGCAUUGGCCAGGUUAUAAUUAUUUCGGACCUUUUAUGAAAUCUAAGAAACAAACUAGAUGAAAUCUCAAUGAAUCAUGAUUUUUACUAAGAAAAUUAUAAAGAUACUAAAUCUAGACAUAAAGCUGAUUUAAUUUUAGAAAAUAUGGCAAAGUAUAUGUAUGGAAAUCCAGAAACAUCUUUAGGUGAAAAACAGCAGCUUUUGCAACUGUUAUAUAAUAAAAGUAAAAAGACAACUAGUAACUGGGUCUUAUUUAAAUAAAAAAAAUUUAUAUUUUGUAUUAUAAAUGGAUCUCAAUUUAAACAAUGUACAAUUGAAAAAAUUAAAUCCGCACAUAGUAAAAUAUAGGUGUACAAAUUCAACUAACAAACAAUCAAAUUGAAAUAGGAAAACAAAAGUUUAACUUAACUGAAACACAAAUAAAUUAAUUAAAGAAAUCUAAAAAAAGAAAAGAGAGGAUCAAGGUGGAUUUCUUCCACUACUUUUUGCUGGAAUAGGAGCUGCAAGUGCAUUAGCUGAAGCGGUAAGUGCUCUUGUAAAUACUAUUAUAGAAGGAAAACGUAAGAGAGCACCAGAAAAAGAACAAAAACCAUAUAAUAAAGAAAUGAAAAAGGAUUGCAAUGGGUUGCAUGGAUAAAACAUGAAAAUUAAAAAAUUUAUUUUGAUUCCUAUAGUAAAGCUAAUCCGCAAAAGAAUUAGUAAAAUAUUUAGGAGAAAAUAAUCUUAAAAUUACAUCCAGAAGAUUUCAAGAUUACAAUGAUCCACUUAUUUAUGGACAUUUGUGUUUAGAUUUUAUUAAAAUUUAUAAAACAAUAUACCUAAAUUAGUACUUUUUGUUUAAUCAGGUUUCUGAAUCAAAAAUUAAUCCUUUGGCUAGAACAAUUUCCAGGUAUUGUUUAGAGGUUUCAAAAGACCAUUCUUCAUAAAUUUCAUUAACUUGUCUAUCUAAUACAGUUAAAUGUGCAUUAUAUUAGUUAUUUUUAAUAAAUAAAACUUUUGAUAUCUUUCUGGUACAUACUGAAUUUUUUCUUGGAUAUAAUAUAACCUCAAAGGUAGAAUUAGAAUAAUAUAUUGGUUCAUUAAAAUCAAAUAAUUGUUUUGUGAAAUCAUAAGGUAAAAUCCUAUCCUGAGAAUGAUAAUCUACAUAUUUUUCUUAAUAUUAAAAAAACAAAGGAUGUGUUAGUUUUUCAUUAGAUCAAAACUGUUCAACAAUUAAUGCAGGAUUUAAAUCAAGAUUUAUAGGUGGAGGUAGUUUCAAAGCUGUUGGGAAUUUAUCUAAUUGUUGUUUAGGUUUCUUUAAAGAUAUUCAAUAUCCAAUUUUCAAAGGGGGAAUUAAACAAAUUUUAAGAUAGCUAGAGACCAUGAUACAUUUUAUUUAUAGGUUUUUUCAACUACUGCAGUACAUGCUGAUGGAAAAGUUAUCAUUGAGGAUUUUAAGAUUACAAUUACAUCAGUAGAAUAUAACAAAAUAUAUAAAAUACAAUUAAUAAAUGAAUUAAUAAAAUUAUCUUAAGAAAAUAAUUUUAGGUUAGAUUUUAAAUCUUAGCAAUGUAUGGAUGAAACCAACUAAAGUGGUAAAACAUUCAAGAGAAUUAUCGCAAGCACAUAUAGAAAUAUUUAUAAUAAUUUAUUUGCUAUUGUAGUUUUUCAAACAAAUGGAUUAGAAACACAAUUAAGGAAAGCUUCUGUAUUUGAUCAAUGAAAUGUAAAAAAUAUGUAGUUAGAAAUUGAUGGACAGAGAUAUCCACAUGAAUCAUUAAAUUUAGAUUGGAAAUAUGAGUCAUUUUUGCUUGCAUAUGAUAUGUGUGUGUCAAUAAGAAAACAUUCCAUGAAACACAUCAAGAACUUCCUCUUAUUUAUCUCAUUUUAAAUUAAUUAAAAAGAGCAAGACCAAUAUAUGUAUUAAAUCUUACUAGACAGCCAGAUAAUGUUAUUAUUUUUAACGCAGAAUUAUUAACAUAAAAUGUUAAUAAAUAUGGACAAAGAAUUUUUAGAACCAAGACACUGUCACAAAUGUAAAAAGAAAACUAAAAAUUUUAAAUCAAUCAAGGUUCAAACAACAAACAAGCUUUUAAGAAUUUCAAGAAUGUUCAAAAUGUAAAACAAACAAAAGUAAAUUUAUUAAAACCCUUUUAGGAAAAGAAACAUCUAAAAUAAAAUUUGAAAAAAUAUCAGAACAAAAUAAACUAAGUAUUGAAAAAGAACUUUAUAAACCAAUAAGAUCUUGAUUUCUAAAAGGAGAAUAAAAAAACAUGGUAUUGAUGAUUUAUGGGCUGCUGAUUUAGUUAUAAUGAAAAAUUAUAGCAAUGAAAAUUCAGGUUAGAUAACCUGAAUUAUACAGAUGUAUAUGUUAAAUGUUAUAGAUACUUUUUCAAAAUAUAUGGAAAAAAUAUGAGAUUAUUAUUUACAGAUACAGACUUUUUAAUAGUACAAAUUACAACUAAUGACAUUUAUACAGAUGUAAAAAUAAUGAACAACUUUUAAAUGAAUUUGAUUUUUCAGAUUAUUCUGAGAAUAAAAAUAUGGAAUACCUUAAUAAGUAAAAGAGUUCUUGAUAAAUUCAAAUAUGAACUUAAAGGUGAAAUAAUGACUGAAUUUGUUGGAUUAAAAUCUAAAUUAUAUUUAUUUAAAAUACAUGAAAAUGAAAACGAAAAUAAAAGAUUGAAAGGUGUAAAAAAUGCAUAGUUAAAAAUUAAUUAUGUUUCAAUGAUUUUAAACACUGUUUAAUUAUUAAACAUUCAAAAUAUAUUAAACAGAAUACAUUCAGAAUAGAUAAACAUGAUAUUUAUAUUGUUAAUCAAUUUAAAAAAGCUCUUAGUCCAUAUGACAACAAAAGAUAUAUUCUAGAAAAUAGUAUUGAUACUGUUUCUUGGGGACAUUUUUCAAGAGGAAUAGAAAGAGAAAGUUUCUGAGAUUACCUUGACAAUUUAAUAAAAAUAAAUAAUAAAAAAGAAUGAUAUCUGUUGAUGUGUAAUAUAAUAAUAAUAUUUAUUUUUUAAGAGCAAUGUUUAUGUGAAAAUAGUUUUUUAAAUAUUAUUUAAUUUUAAAAAUAAUUAAUAAAUAUAAAUAUUUCUGUUUUAAUAAAUGAAUAAUAAGAGGAAUAUAUUUAAUGAUAAAUCGAGAUUAAUUUUUAAACCCAUUGUUUCCAAGAUAUUUAACCAUGAAACAUUUAAUUGGUCAGAUACAAAAGGGUUAAAUAUUAUGAAAUUAAAGUAUGUGAAUGGAAAAAUUAGAAAUUGAUUUUUAAAUAUUAUUAAAUUCAAUUUUUUAAAUACUAUCAAAUUAAAGUAUGUCAACAAAGAACAAAAAAGAAAAUAAUGUAAAUAAAGAUUAGAGAAUAAUAAUCUAACUAUAAUUUCUAUUAAAUAUUUUCUGAUGUUAGGUACCUAAAUUACAUUUUACUAAUCUGGUUCAGAACCCUCAUUUAUAUACUACUUAUAUAUAAAAGAAAGUAUGUUAGUUAUGCAUUAUCAUAUUAUUUGUCUGAUCACUAUGCCACUUUAGGAAGUUGUUCUACAUUGUCUAGAGAAGGUUUAUAGCCAUCAAAAUCCACUCUUAUUAAAAUUCCAUAAAAUUCGGAUUUUUGGAUAUUAAGUAUAAAAAUAUAAUUAUUUUUGUUGAAUCAUGGGUUACCCAUGGGAACAUGGAAAAAAAAUUAUUAUUAAUUUUAGUAGUGCAAUCCUUAUUUCUGGUAAUAGCAUAUAAUAUAAUGAUAAUUUAUUUAUUAAUUUUAUUUGGAAAUUUUUAUAUUGCAUGGGGUGAAGCCAGUUAAGACAGCUUGUAGUUCAUAAAAUUUCUGAAAUCAAGAUUAAAUACACAAUUUGUUCAGACUAUUUAUAAUUUUAUCUUAAUGUUUAAUAUAUAAAAAAAAUUAUAACUAAGAAGUAUUCAUAAUAAAUACAGUAUUUACAAUAGAACACAUUUUUCAAAAUUUCAGAUAUUUUUCUAUUGACAGUAAUUAUGUCAGUUCCUCUAUUGUAGCAAAUACAACAAUGAUUUUUAAAAAUUCUUAUACAAUUUUUUUUGUGUUGGUUGUUAAUUUGUGAUUGUGAUUUAUACCAAAAAAAAAGGCUAUAGUGAAAAUUUUAAAUUAAUUUUUUCAUAAAUAACUAACAUCAAAUUCAAUUUUAACAGUUUGGUUUUAAAUUUUGUACAGCUCUUUAAUGAUACAAUAAAUUUAUAUUUAAGGGAACCAAUAAAAUGUUUUAUUUUUUUUUUCUAUUAGAAUUUAACUACAUAAUUGUUCAGAUUUAAGAGUUAAUGAUCUCAAAAAUAAGAUUGAAUAUUAUAAAUCUGAGACAAGAUUUAUACAGAAUUUACUAUCAACUUGUUGAUCAGUGUAUUCAAUUCUAUUAGGCAAUAAUACCAUUUGCAUACCAUAUAAAUAAUUGUCAUAAUUUCUGUCAAAAUUUACAUUUAUUAAAUAAGUCAAUAAAAAUGAAAACUUCAAUAAUUUUAAGUAUAAAAUAAAUUAAAAUUGGUGACUAAGUUUAUUUUUGUUUAAAAUAGGAUUUAAAGAUUGACCAACCAAAAAGCUAAUAUUAUAAAUAUAAUAUAUGCAUGUAAUAAUAAUAAUAAUAUAUAUGCAAUAUAAACACAGUUUUAUUUAUUUCAGAAUCAUUGUAUGCUGUCUAAAUGGAAAGAUUUCUCAACAAAGAAGCUUGAACAAUAAUAAAGUGUUACUAAUUAAAGGUUUUGAUAAAAAUGUAGGAAAAAUUAUUAAUUCCUUUAUACAUAAUGAGUUUUAGUUAACUUUUUUAAUGAACUCCGGUAUUUAAUACCAUUUUUGAU